AGGAAGAGGUCAGUGGGUGGUUCACCAGAGCAUCACAAUGCCACGUUACAUCCAAGAAUCAGACUUCACCAUGGUGGAGGAAGGCUUUGCUGCCAGAGAUUUGAUGGAGGAAAUCAUUAAUGAGGUCUCACAGACUGUAAGUAAUCCAUCAGAGGACAGAGAUGCUUUCUUUGUUGCCGAUCUGGGGGACGUAGUGAAAAAGCAUAUACGCUUCCUGAAGGCACUGCCUCGUGUAAAGCCUUUCUAUGCUGUUAAGUGCAAUAGCAGCAAAGGUGUGGUGCAGAUCCUGGCUGAACUGGGUGCUGGAUUUGACUGUGCCAGCAAGACUGAGAUUGAGCUAGUCCAAAGCAUUGGUGUGACACCAGAAAACAUUAUUUAUGCUAACCCUUGCAAACAAAUUUCCCAAAUUAAAUAUGCUGCCAAGAACGGUGUCCAGAUGAUGACCUUUGACAAUGAAGUGGAGCUGUCCAAAGUUUCACGUAAUCACCAAAAUGCCAAGAUGGUAUUGCGCAUUGCAACAGAUGACACUAAGUCUUCCACCCGCCUCAGUGUGAAGUUCGGUGCUACGCUAAAAUCAUGUAGACGCCUUCUUGAAAUGGCCAAGAACCUCAAUGUUGACGUUAUUGGUGUUAGCUUUCAUGUGGGCAGUGGAUGCAGUGAUUCCAAGGCAUAUGUGCAGUCUAUUUCAGAUGCCAGGCUAGUCUUUGAAAUGGCUUCUGAGUUUGGAUUCAAGAUGUGGCUGCUGGACAUCGGUGGUGGAUUCCCAGGGACAGAUGAUGCAAAAGUCCGAUUUGAAGAGAUUGCAGCUGUGAUAAAUCCAGCACUGGACUUGUACUUCCCUGAAGGCUCUGCUGUAGAGAUAAUUGCUGAACCAGGGAGAUAUUACAUAGCAUCUGCUUUCUCUUUGGCUGUAAACAUAAUCGCUAAGAAGGAGGUGCAGUUGGACAAUUGCGGUUCAGAUGAUGAAGAAAACUGCCCAAACAAAAACAUAAUGUACUAUGCCAAUGAUGGUGUUUAUGGUUCCUUCAACUGCAUAUUUUUUGAUCAUGCCCAUCCUAAACCCAUCCUCCAUAAGAAACCUUCCCCGGAUCAGCCACUGUACACCAGUAGUUUAUGGGGACCAACAUGUGAUGGACUGGAUCAAAUUGCCGAGUGUCUUCAGCUGCCUGAGCUCCACGUUGGUGAUUGGCUGCUAUUUGAAAACAUGGGAGCCUACACAGUGGCGGCUUCAUCCACUUUCAAUGGAUUUCAACAGACCCGCAUCCAUUAUGCAAUGCCUCGCACUGCCUGGGAGGCAACUCAGCUACUGCAAAAGGGAUUACAUACCGUUGUGGAGAAGGAAACUGUCUGCACUCCAAUGUCCUGUGGUUGGGAGAUCUCUGACUCCCUCUGCUUCACUCCAGCGUUUGCACCAACCAGUAUCAUCUAAACUGCUACAUUCCAGUGUCAAGAAGUGCUGUAAAGCUGUCAUUCUUUUCUGU